AUGGGUUCUCUUCAUACUAGCAAGUUCAUCCGUGAGCCCCUGAAGAAGGGAAAGUCUAUAGACCACCUUGAGUAUAUCGAUGUUACACCAAUCAUUGGCCGGGAAUAUCCCAACGCAAAACUCAAGGAUAUUCUUGACGCUCCUAAUGCAGAUGAGCAAUUGCGCGACCUCGCGAUAACCAUUUGUGAACGUGGUGUCGUCUUUUUUCGAGAACCUCAAGAUGAUCUGUCCGUCGAGGAACAAAAGUACAUCACCGAUAUGCUAGGCAAGUUAACCGGGCGACCCCCGGAGAAUGGCCUACAUGUACACCCGCUAUAUAACGACCCAAACAAUUUGCCUAUGGAGGAUGGAACUACCGAUAAAAACAUCUAUGUAAUCAACUCCGAGGCAGCUAAGAAGUUAUAUGCAACAAUGAAAAACCGACCCGGCGCAGCCAGCGAACCUCGAGAUCUAGGUCGCGAAUGGCACAGCGACAGCUUAUUCGAGACUUGCCCAUCUGAUUUCUCUUUCCUACGCAUGCAGUCUACUCCACCCUCGGGAGGAGACACUCUUUGGGUAUCAGGAUACGAGCUAUAUGAUCGGCUCUCAACUCCAUUCCAGAAGUUCCUCGAAACUUUGACGGCAACCUGCGCUCAGCCCGUUUUCCAGUCAGCUUGUGAAGCUGGUGGGUACGAUGUUAUGUCACCACGCGGAUCACCGCUUAACGUUGAUUACAACUUCUCACCAUCGCACCCCGUUAUUCGCACGGAACCUGUGACUGGUUGGAAGUCCCUAUUCGCUGGCGUGGGACUUCAUGUUAGUCGUAUUAACGAUGUUACUUCCUAUGAGGAUAAUCUGAUCCGUGAAUACGUGCUGCGUCUUAUUACACGUAACCAUGACUGCGUGGCUCGAAUGCAUUGGACGAGAGGAGCUUGUGCCAUCUGGAGCAACUUGUGCACCUUGCACGCCGCUACUCCCGACACGCAUCUCGUGGAUGGAAUCAGAACUGGUGUACGAGCAUCGGGUAUUGGCGAGGUGCCUUAUCUCGACCCAGCAAGCACGGGAAGAAGGGAGGCAUUGGGAAUGCCCCGAUUCUAA